AUGCCAAACGUUCCAUUAGCCGACCCACACUUCAACAUUCCGAGCAUGAUCGACAUCAUAAUUGGCGGAGAGUGCUACCACGAAAUCCACACCGGUAGUCGCUUAUCCAUCGGUGACGGUCUUCCGCUGCUAGUCGACACACGUUUCGGAUGGACAGUUUCGGGCAAAACAACCACCAAUCCCACAGUAGCACCGCCAGUGUGUUAUCUCUCGACCGUCGACCGUUCUCUGGAGUCAUCGCUUCAACGUUUCUGGGAACUUGAAGCAGUCGAUCAAAGCCCGAUAUACUCGGAAGAAGAGAAGCAAUGCGAGGAGUUUUACGCAACCACCACCACUCGAACUCAUGACGGAAGGUACGUCGUUCGCCUUCCACGGUCCGACAAUCCGCAAGUCACCCUUGGCCAAUCUCGACAAAUCGCCACCCGUCGCUUCUACAGCCUUGAGCGACGCCUUGAACGAGAUACCGCCUUGAAGAGCUCCUACCAUAAUUUCAUCGAGGAAUACCUCCGCCUGGGACACAUGCGCAAGCUAGAUUUUGUCGACGACGAUUCUCCACAUUGUUACCUUCCACACCAUCCGGUAGUCAAAGAGAGUAGCACCACCACGAAGCUUCGAGUGGUAUUCGACGCCUCCUGUAAGACCUCCUCCGGAAUGUCGCUCAACGAUACACUGCUCGUUGGACCAGUCGUUCAACAGAAUCUCGACUCCAUCAUUAUCCGCUUUCGCUUCCACGCUAUUGCCAUUGUCGCUGACGUCGAGAAAAUGUAUCGUCAAAUACUACAUUCUCCUGUUGAUCAACGCUUCCUACGUAUACUAUUCCGCCGACAGCCGUCGGACCCUCUCGAUACCUACGAACUUCUUACAGUUACCAAGAGACGAAGGAGAAAACUCCCGCAAGCCGUAGAAGCCGUCGUCGAAGAUUUUUAUGUGGACGAUCUACUUACCGGAGAAGACAAUCUGGCCUCUGCUGUAGAAAAGCGUCGUCAGAUAUCCACCAUGCUCGAGUCGGCCGGUUUCUCGCUGAAGAAGUGGGCUUCGAACGUUCCGGAAGCAUUAGCCGAUGUUUCACCUGAAGACCGUGCUAUCAAGCCCGUCCACGAACUUCAAGACGAUCAAUCCGUAACGACCCUUGGAUUGGUAUGGGAUACGAAGAACGAUAUACUUAGAUUCAACGUUGACCUUCCGCUACCAGCGUCUGUUCUCACGAAGAGAAAGGUGAUAUCAUACAUCGCUAAGAUUUUUGAUCCGUUAGGCCUCGUUGGUCCCGUAAUAGCCACAGCGAAGAUAUUUAUGCAGCACUUGUGGAAACCCAAAAACGAUGACUACUCUUCCUAUGAAUGGGAUCGUCCGUUGCCUGAAAGAUUGCAAAGGGAAUGGAAGCAGUUUUUUGCUACGCUCUCCAUUCUUGCCAAAAUCAAAAUUCAACGCUUCGUAUCGUCUCCUGGUGUUUCCAUAGCUCAGCUGCGUUUUUUCUUUGAUGCUUCAGACGUCGCUUACGGAGCUUGCUGCUAUGUCCGCACACUGGAUACCGAUCACGUCAGGGUUAGUCUUUUAACAUCAAAAUCAAGGGUUGCUCCUCUCGCCACGAAGCACACUACAGCACGACUUGAGCUUUGUGCUGCCGUAUUGUCCACCAAGUUGUAUCGGAAAGUUGAACAAUCGAUCAAAACGCCUAGUCACGUCUUCUUCUGGACAGACUCAACCACGGUGAUUCAAUGGUUACAAUCUCCACCAAGCCGGUGGAAAACAUUCGUUGCGAAUCGUGUCUCCACCAUACAAUCUGCCACCGAAAUUUCCCUUUGGAGGCACGUUCCAGGAAAUGAAAACCCGGCUGAUGAACUUUCCCGUGGCAUGCUGCCUACGGACCUCAGCAAUCAGGCCAGAUGGUGGAGCGGUCCUCCAUGGUUAUCAGAAUUUCCCAGCCGUUGGCCUUCACCUGGUCUAGAUGUACCCCAAACAGAAUUCACCACGCAAGAAGCCCGUACGGUUACACUUCACCACAUUCAUUGCUCCCAAUGA